AGUGGCUGUCAGUUGGUCGACUGACGUGAGACGUGAGAUCGAUUGUGGUCGGGAUGAUUUCAUGAUUACAAACAAACCGUGCCAGUCGGUAUCGCAUCGCAUAGUUCCAGAUAAUGUGCCUUCCACUGCGAGCGCUGCGACACAGAUAACUCGUACAGCGAGCGAGACAAGCCGCCGUGUGUAUACCGCCAGUAUUGUUAUGUUAUUGUGCAGACAUGGAUAACUUCUUCACGGACUUUACCAAAAAUGACAUGUUCGCGAGCUGGACGCCGCAGCCGGCGCCGGGCGCCGCGCAGCUGCCGGCCGGGCAUCACACACCCCCCACACGACCGCCGCAGCCACUCGCCAAGCGGCCGCAGCGCGACCGAUACUUGCGUUGUGUUGCAGACGGCGAGCCGCCCGCCAAGCGCGCCGCGCCCUCCAUCCGCGUCGGCGCCGGCUUCAAGUGGAACCUGCAGACGCUGGCGGCGGCGGCGGACGCGGUGGAGUGCGGCGGCAAGUCGCCGGUGUCGGCGCUGAACGAGCUGGGCGUGCGCGUGGCGUACGUGGUGCUGCGGCAGGGCGGGCCGGCGCACUGCCCCAGCUUCCACGUGGCCGUCACCGUGGCCGACCUGCGCUUCGAGGGCUGCGGCCACUCCAAGCGCGAGGCGCGCGCCGCCGCCGCCCGCGCCUGCCUGGCGGCGCUGCUGGCGCGCGCGGGGCGCGUGCUGCCCCCGCCCGCGCCGCCCACCGCGCCCCCGCGCGCCCCCGACUUCACCAGCGACGAGCCGCACAUGUUCCCCCCAGUAAACUUCCAGUGCCCGGCGCCGAUGCAGGCGCCGCCCCUGAAGCCGGUGGAGAUGGCGGUGGACAGCUCGGCGGCGCUGUUCGGCGCUGGGGGCGGGGGCGCGGCGCUGAAGAGCCCCAUCAACGUGCUGUACGAGAACUACUCGGGGCUCACGUUCACCUGCACCUUCGGGGACGGCUCCCCCCUCACGGCGCCGCAGGCGCCGCUGCAGCUGAGCCACAGCAUGCGGUUCAAGGUGGUCUGCCAGGUCAAGGAGCACAAGUUCGAGGGAUACGGGUCGAGUAAGAAGCUAGCCAAGCUGGCGGCGGCGCGGUCGGCGCUGGCGGCGCUGGAGGAGGGCGGAGGGCCGCGGAGUGAGCCCGUGCCCGCGCAGCACGGCCUGCACCAGACGCUGGCCGACCACAUCGGCAAGCUGGUCAACGAGAAGUUCAACGAGCUGAUGAAGAACGACCUCGUGCACUCCAAGCGGAAGGUGCUGGCCGGCAUAGUGAUCACUAUAGACAACCGAGCAGAGGAUGCGCGCGUUAUAGCGGUGACGACGGGCACGAAGUGCGUGUCGGGCGAGCACAUGUCGGUGUCGGGGCGCGCGCUCAACGACUGCCACGCCGAGGUGGCGGCGCGCCGCUGUCUGCAGCGCCACCUGUACGCGCAGCUGGCGCAGUACGCGCGCAGCCCGGACCCGACCGUGGCCAUAGAAGACAACGACCUGGAGCCCCUGCCCGGCGGCGGGUACCGGCUGAAGCCGUCGCGGCAGGUGCACCUGUACGUGAGCACGGCGCCGUGCGGCGACGGGCGCAUCUUCUCGCCGCACGAGCCGCACCUGGCGGAGCCCGACCGGCACCCCAACCGGCUGGCGCGCGGCCAGCUGCGCACCAAGAUCGAGUCGGGCGAGGGCACGAUCCCCGUGAAGAACUGCCACAACGUGGUGCAGACGUGGGACGGCGUGAUGCAGGGCGAGCGCCUGCUGACCAUGUCGUGCUCCGACAAGGUGGCGCGCUGGGCCGUGGUGGGGCUGCAGGGCGCGCUGCUGUCGCGCCUGCUGCGGCCCGUGUACCUGUCCUCGCUCGUGCUGGGCUCGCUGCUGCACCCGCACCACAUGUACAGAGCCAUCUGCGGGCGCAUCGAGUCGUACCUGUCGUGCCUGCCCCCCCCCUUCCAGCUGCAGUGCCCCCUGCUGUCGCGCGCCGCCAGCACCGAGGCGCGGACGCCGGCGCGCGCGCCCUCCUUCAGCGUCUGCUGGGUCUGCACGCACCCGCUGCCCGAGGUGAUCAACGCGACGACGGGCAAGCUGGAGUCGGGUCAGCCGUCGCUGCUGUGCAAGCAGAGCAUGUUCGCGCGCUGGCAGUUCCUGGCGCGCCGCCUGCCGCCGCUGCCGCCCGACCAGGCCGCGCCCCCCGCGCCCCUCGACAUCUCCGACACGCUGCUGUACAACGAGGCCAAGCAGAUGUGUCCCGCCUACCAGUUGGCUAAGCGGCGUCUGACGGAGGCGUUCGAGCGCGCCAAGCUGGGCAGCUGGAUCCGGCGGCCGCUGGAGCAGGACCAGUUCGUGUGCGAGCUCACGGACGCAGACCCCGCGCUCCUGUUCACUUAGGCGGGCCCACAGUCCGCGCCGUGUGGCGCCGCGCCCCCGCGCCCCCGCCGCGCGCGCACGCGCCCCCGCGGCCUCACGUGAGCGCGCGCGGCGGGGGCGGGCGCGCCCCCAGCCACUGAUGAUGUCUACCAAAGCAGUCGCAGCUUGUAGUAUUCGAGACGCGGCCGGCCCCCCCCCCCCCCCGGGCCGCCCGGCCGCGCGCGCUUUGGUAGUGGAUCAUGCCGCGGCGCCACACGAGCUCGGUGUAGACCAACCUUGGAGGCAGAGUACAGUCACCCCCCGCGCCCCCGCGCCCCCUGCCCCCGCCGCCCCCCCGUCGCCGCGCCACCUGUCGCAGUUACUCACAGACAUAUCGCGCGCCCCGGUGCCGCGCGAUGUCUUCUCCGCUCCGCCCUGUGUACGGUUGUGUAAGGCUGUGUAUGCUGUGUAUGCUGUGUACGGCAGUGUAGCGUGUGUAGGGAGCGGACUAGACAUGGCGCGGCGUGGGGCGCGCCGAUUGUCUCCGAGUAGCGCGGCGCGUGCCGCCAUACACGUGUCGGUGCCCUGUGUCUGUCUAUAUAUAUACAUAUAGAGAUAAUGUCUGUCUGUCUGUCGCGACGUGUCGGCCGCAGUGCCGCGAUACCAAAGAUAUUACUGAGCACUCGCGCCCGCCGCGUCGCGUAAUAUAUUGCAUGUUGCUGACUUAUAACACGGUACUAUUCACAAGCCUGUUAGUCUCACAGAUCUAGUAUAGACCGGCAACGCACCUGUAACGCCUCUGGUGUCGCGGGUGUCAGUUGAUCCGUCUGCUUAAAUUAAAACAUUUCGAAGGUUUGUGAAUAGUACUCAUAUUAUAGUUAUGUACCAGUUUAUGUUUGUUUGACCCCCCUACCCCCUCCCCCCUCGUGUAGUUACCGACCGACGGAGUUACCCAGUGAGUGUAGCGCGGGUUCAGUUCCCGUGUAGAGACCUAUGUUUUAUAAAGUUGACAUGAUAGUGAUUAGUGCGCCCCACUCACACUAGUGCAGUCUGUCGGUGUCUACACACGUACAAGUGUGUGUGUGUGUGUGUGUGUGUGUGUGUGUGUGUGCGUGUGUGUGUGUACAAGUACCUGUGCCUGUGAUGUCGGAACACAAAGACCGUAUUGUAAGAGUAUUUUUUUAAAUAAAGCCUGUAACACACUCGUAACGUCGCGCCAGUAGUCAAGUAACGCUCCGAGUAUUCUAGUCUGUUCUCACCUUAACUUAGUGUAGAGUUAGUACUAGUAGGAGGUACCUAGUUGGGGGAUCCCUUAGCUAAACAUGUUGAAAUCGUACAAUUAACAAGUUUUAAUAGUUGUAAGUGGAUUCUAAAUCAAUAUGUCGAAGUAAUUGUUGAUACUUUCUGAAUUUAUCGUAAAUAAGUUGUGAAUGGAGACGCACACGAGGCAAUGCGAGUGAGACCUGAGGAAGUAGAGUAGUGUUAGCGAGUCAAGUCUAACCAAUAGUAAAUUAUAUCGUAGGUAGAUUAAUUAUUGUACUUUACAUAGUGUAAGAUCUGUAAUUGGCACAAAUCGAUCCCCUGUCUAUAAGACCAAACGAAGCGAGCUACGAUAAACACUACGCACGCGCGCGCCAUCUAGUUGUAAAGUCCGGGAACUAUUUGCUCUGUUGUUGUUGUUGUUGUGGUACUAGAUGGCGCCACGUGUCCGCAUCGCGUUACGAGUGCUGCGCGUACCUUGUUGUAAUAAUAAAUAAUUAGAUUAUGUUUGUAUUUAGUUAAUGUAAUGUUAUAAUGAUUGGGCCGCGGGCGUCGCCCGCCCGCUGUACGCUGGAUGAAGCAGGAUUAAGUUAAUAAAUCAGUUUGUAUGCA